GUCCGACUGCAGCGCAAAGCUGUUUUCCGAUCCUCCAAACAUCGAUGCACCAGCCGAGAGCUCCGUGACUGGAGGUAUCGACGCCAGACCGAGAAACAGCAAGACAAAGGACCGGUCCAAACCGCAUGACAAACCAGGCUCAGGAACCGCUCUUGCUCCAGCCGUUGAUCCAUCAUCCCUACCGAUUACUGCGAUGCUUCCGCCAUCCGCGACUGCCGGCCUUCCCUUGGGCUCCCCGCUUCCGGUCGCCAGCCCAAACGCAACAACGACGGCAGUGGCCCCAAAAGCAAGUCAAACCCAGGCCUCGUCACAGCCUCAAGCGGUAACGGAAAAACCCAGAAAGUCGGGAAUCUUCUCGCGGAACAGAUCGCAGGCCUCCAAAAGCGGGUCGUCCUCGGCCAGUGGUGCGCUGUCGCGAGAUUCAAUUGCCUCUGCCAACAAAACGCAGCCGAUACCAUCGACUGCGAUCCCGCCGAUGGCACCGAGCCUGCAGCUCUCCCUACCCAAGAGCGGGUUUGAGAUUGUUCCGCAAGACGGCGAGACUCUUCUUCAAUCGGAGAGCCAGAGCUGGUUACCACCCAGAGUGACCCAGGGAACAGCACCGGAUACCAAAUCGCCAGCGCCGUCUGACGACCCGGAGCUUGAGAUGGUUGGCACAACCUUGGAAGAGUCCCGGGGUCUGAACCAAUAUGUGGAUCUUGAGAGCCUUUCGGCGGUGGAAUAGCUCACCUGUCCUGGGAAAUCAUCCAGCAGCGCGGUCGUUGUUGUCGCC